AUGAUCAGUAAAUACACAUUGGACCUUUGUUGUUUGGUGACCGAGCCAAAUUGGAACUGGGUGGCUCCCAUCCAUGAGGCAGUCAGAGUAGGCCACACAGAUCUCGUCAAGAAGUGUCUGGAUGAAGCUCUUAAGUCCGAAAAACGUGAUGAGACGGAGAAGUACAUCCUCGAUAAUGGAGUCCACGAUGACCGCGACAAUGUGCUGGAUCUUCGCGGGGAGAACGACGAUUCUCUUCUCCACAUCGCCUCUUCGAACGGACAUGUUGACGUAGUCGAGCGUCUGGUCGAAAGAGGUGCGAAGAUCGACAGUACAAACUGGGAUCUCCGAACCCCAUUGCAUCUGGCUUGUAUUGGCAACCACAGGGCCGUGGUGGAAUACUUGGUCGAAAAGAAGGCCAAUCUCGAAAAGACCGACGUCGAUGACCUCACUCCUCUCCAGGUGGCAGCCAAUGCCGAGAGUUUUGACGUCAUCAUCGCUCUUCUAGAACGCCAUUAUAAUAACAACAAAAACCAAACUCCACUGGCCAUCAAAGACAACUACGAUACCGCGACAAUCAUCAGCGAAGGUGGAAAAUCUUCGAUCGGGUACGUUGAAGGGAACGAUCUCGAUGCCAUCGCGGAAGAAGAAAAUGAAACGGCGGUCGAUGCGGAGAAUGAUUACCGAGUAGACGAACUAAACAAAAAUGAAAACGAAGGCUCGGUGGCAGAUGUCACUGACCACACCAACGACGGCGACAACAAUGAAAAUUUGGAGGAGAUCGAUGAAACCAAGUCAACGAAAGCGGACUCGGUGGGAACGAAUGUCGAGGAAAGUCUAGCUGGUGAUUUCGACGAAGAGGGUAAAGUCGAUCCCGUGAAUGAGCCUGAAGAGCCGACUAGGCCGGACAAUUUUGAUGAGAAGACCAGCCUUGCCGCUUUCAACGUCGAGCCCAUCCCUGAACCGGAAGCUCAACCGAUAAGCGAAGAGAAAGAUGAAUCCAUUGCUGAGUUCCUGGACUGGGUGGUUACUGAGAACAAAGCAAAUGUCUUGAAGCUUUUCCUGAGGUACAGAUCGAAGCUGAAUGACGUCAGUGAUGACGACAUCAAGAAGUACAUGAGCCACGCCGCAAAGAACGGUCAUACAGAGACGGUCGGAGUUUUGAUUCGCUGGAAACCAGAGUUCGUCAAUUUCUACGAUGACGACGGGAAGACACCACUCCAUCACGCCGCUGCCCACGGGCACGAUGUCGUGGUCCAAGAGCUCACCAAGGCCAACGCAUCGGUCAAUGCCACAACCAUUGACCCCGUUGGAGCCGGGUACCAUCACGAGAUGACUGCCGAAAUUGUCACAGACAAUAACGGAUCCAGCAAGAAGGCUGAUGAAAGAACAGCUCUUCACUUUGCUGCCGCCAACGGCUUUGCUAAGCCAGUUCGAUCGCUUGUCAAGGCUGGGGCUGAUAUCAACUUCCCAGACAAAAACGGGGUCACUCCGCUCCACCUAGCGUGUAUAGGUGGUCAUCUCGAUGCUGUAAAACAACUGACCGAACACGACGUCGACCUGCUGACCCGUGAUCAUCAAGGUCGAAACUGCAUGGAGUUUGCCGCUGAUUGUGGAAAUGAGAACGUGGCCUAUUUUCUGCUGAGUCAUCGUGACUGGAAACAGAUUAUGUCAUCAAGCUCAUGGGAUGAAUAUCACAAAGAUCGAUCGACUCCUAUGGAGAAACUUAUCGAGAAAAUGCCCGACGUGGCUCAAGCCGUCAUGGAUAAGUGCAUUGAAAUAUCUCCGUAUGCGGACCGCAAGGACGAAGAAUUCUGGAUUGAAUUUUACUACGAGUUCUUAGAGGAUUCCUUUUCCCUCUGGGAAAAUCACAUUGAAAAUAAAAAUAACACAAACAACAACAAUGAUAGUACAGAGGACGAAACGGCCUUGACUGAAACACAAUCCACGCCCAUCAACGAAGACGCCCCACAAGAAGAAGGAACUCAGCAAGAGAACGAAACUCAACCUAGCGAUUCGCAACAGGACGAUGAUAAUCACAUCACCGACGAAAACCACGUUGAUGAGGAGAACCAGGUUGACGAGAACGAGACCUCGUUCACCAACAAACCCGAGGACGAAGGUACGCUCAACGGCGGAUUCAAACAUGGCGAAGGCGACGUCGAAUCUCAGAAACCCGAGGCCCUCGCCAGUUACAAAGAGGUACAAGAGGAACCCGAACCGAUGUCGAAUGUGACGGCGUACGACGAUGACGGAUAUUUGAGAUCGAAGAUGAGACCGUAUUCGAGUAACUCUGCGCGGAUGGUGAAAAAUCAUCCUCUGAUCGCUAUGGUGAAAUCGGAGCGUGUCGACCUCCUGACCCAUCCCCUGGUCAUCAGCCUCCUCGACCAUAAGUGGUCUUCCCUCGGUCGCUACGUCUUUUGGCCAUCACUCAUCAUCUACUUCAUCUUCCUGGUUAUCUUGACGGGGUACGUGACCGCGGUCGCACCACGAUACUAUGCCAAGAUGGCGAACGAGACGGAGAUCGAGUGGUUCGGGGAUGGCGAGCAGCGUUGGAUCAAGGGGAUUCCGCAGGCCACUCUGGAUUUCUUUGCGGUCAACGGUCACUGGGUUAUACUGAUUCUUGCAGUUUUACAUCUUGUUUGUGAGCUAAUCCUCUUGGUGGUGCAGAGGCUGUCAUAUUUCCGGCUCCGAAAGCUUGUGGAAUGCUCCAUGUACCUCCUAUCUAUACUGUUCGUGAUACCUUUGGCUGGACAGACCGAAUAUCAACCGAGUAUCUCGCUGCGUAUGGGAUGGCAGUGGCGAUGUGGUUCAGUAGCUGUGUGUCUGGCCUGGAUCAACUUCAUCAUGUUCCUCAGACGAUUCUCUUUCCUUGGUCUCUACGUUCUCAUGUUCAUGGAUAUUCUUCGAAGCUUCCUCAAAUUCAUCUUGGUUUUGUUCUGUUUUCUCAUGGCCUUCGCCCUCGCUUUCUACAUGCUGCUUGUCAAUCAGCCGCCCUUCAACCGAAUUGAACUGUCCCUGGUAAAGACCAUGGCCAUGAUGCUGGGUGACUUCGACUUCGUUGGGAUCUUCCACAGCCAGGACUACCUAGGUACUGAGAACACGCUGGAUGUUGACGAGGAUGAUUUCUUCCUGACAUCGGUCUUCUACAAGGCUAUCACCUACCUCAUGUUCACAGUCUUCGUUGCAGUCAUGUCCAUCAUUGUGGUCAAUCUGUUGAUUGGUCUAGCUGUGUAUGACGUACAUGAGAUCAGACGGAAGGCUAAGUUUUACCGUCUUGCUAUGCGGGUGGAGGCCAUCAUGGAGGUGCAGCAGUAUCUUCCAGUCUGCAUCUGGAGGCAGGUGAUGCGCUCCAAGAAGCGGUUCUUCCCUAACAGCGGAUGCUGCCCCAGGGUGAGGCGAGGAUGCAGUGUGCUCACUGGAGACAGGAGGGUAAUCAAAGAAGCGAUCAUGGUCUGCGAGAGGACAGCUUCAGAGGGAGGAACAUUCAAGGAGCGACUUCCUAAUGAUGAAUUUUACACCGGCAUGAAGCAGCGACUGGAAUCUAUUGAUGGAAAGAUGACGACGACGAGCGGCCGAACGGGUGGCGAACACCCGAAGAGAGACGAAGAGAUCCGAAGUAUUCGCGAUCGCUUCGACCGAAUGGAGAGAAAGAUCGAUGCCCUCCUGGGCCGUAAGAAACUGAAACACGAGGACGAGAUGACACGGGAUGCCUCCAAAUAAUAUAUGUGUUAUGAUAUAAACAGAUUUAUCAGACAAAUAAUGAUUUAAGAUUGCGUCAUAAUGGAGACGAUUAUAGCAGUAAAGAUAAUUAUUAGGAAAGUGCUAUACAGAGAGAUAAAAUUGUAUAAUCAUGCAGAUCGAAAGAAAAAAAUAACGAUAGCGGGUGUAUGAGAUAUUGCAUUCUUACAAAUGGCAAUGAAAAUAAUUUGAGUGUUUAAAAUGUAAAUAAGCACACGUAUAUUUAAAAUAAGUUGUUUAAAAUGUAUAAACUAAAAACUUUGUAUUAUAUAGAUUGCAUGUUUAGAAAACAAGUACCAUUUUUACUUUCUAUGGCCUCUGUUUUUAUUGCCCCCCCCCCCCCCCCCGAAUGAAAUGCAUUAAUCGAUCGAAGUUUGGUACUGUCAAAAUAAUGAAAGACUUGCUUGUUAGGUGCCUUGCCUGUUCCAUACAUUGGCGAUCAAGGCUUUCCCUCUACUCUAUCUCUGGUUCUCUGUAACGUGACGUUACUUCUGUUACCAGUCAUCCCAAUGAACUUAUCUAUUUAGUUAGUGCUCUGUCUCUCUUUGUUUCUCUUUCCCUCAAUUUGUCCUGUAACUAUCUUGUUUUCUGUGCCUUCUCUUCUCAUAAUAUGCCCAAUAAAUUGAGGUUGUCUUUUCCUUAUGAUGUUAAGGAGAGAUCUAUCGACACAUGCCUUAUGAUAGACUAUAAUACUUAGUAUAUCGGAUAAGAAGGAAAGACGAAAGAUGACUCCAUAUUGUAAAUGCUUUGCUUCCUUCCCCCUUACAAAAUCACGGAUGCGACUCUCGUAUAUCAAAUGUGCCUACAUGUAUAAUACAAAUUUCUCUUUAACGAAAACAAUGUAAGUUCAUUUAAGAUUAAGUUUUGAAUUGAAGUAUGUACCAUAAUACUAUCGUUUUUUAAAAGUAAGUAAGGUAUUUUCUGAUGAUAGAAUUUGUCUCUUUAUAUUGAUACUACCAAGUGUAUUCGCAUGUAUUAAACGAUAUA